CUUUUACCUAAUUUUUUGCUAUAUUCAUUUACUUAAAAGAGAAAGCACUUGAUGCGCUUUAGUUUAUAGAACAGUUGCUUUCUUAUUUAGUUAUUUGGCUAAAAUACUCAAACGAGUGAUAAUAUAUAGCAUUUAAAGUGUGUAUCAGAAUGGUGCGCAAUGAAAAGGUUAAGUAGUAUAUAAUACGUAUAUAUCCUGUGGCUGGGUCUUUUGUGUAUUUCUAGACGCGUUCUCUAUUUAAUUUAAACUUCAAUCUCUUUCAGAAUGAGGUUUAUCGACAUUGGAGCAAACUUGACAGACCCUAUGUUUAGGGGAAUAUAUCGUGGAAAGCAAGCUCAUGCUGACGACUUUUUACAAGUUAUACAUAGAGCCAAGCAGGCUGGUGUUCAAAAGUUGUUUAUUACAGGAACUAACUUAUCAGAAUCUAAAGAAGCAAUUGAAUAUAUUGAAAGCAAUCCUAAAGAAGAAGGAUUUUUAUAUACAACAGUAGGCUGUCAUCCUACACGCAGCAAUGAAUUUGAAGAGCAUCCAGGAGGACCUGACGACUAUUAUGAUAAAUUAGCUGAACUAACUCAACACAAGUCUGUGAUUGCCAUUGGUGAAUGUGGUUUAGACUAUGACAGACUCUUCUUUUGUCCAAAACAUGUCCAGAAAAAGUACUUUGAAAGACAGUUUGACUUGGCAGAAAAGUCAAGACUGCCAAUGUUUUUACAUAAUCGUAACACAGGCAAUGAUUUCUUUGAUCUUGUCAAGGCAAAUAGACAUCGAUUUACAACUGGCAUCGUUCAUUCUUUCACUGGAUCGAUGGAGGAAAUGAAAAAGCUAGUGGAGUUAGAUUUAUAUAUUGGCGUCAACGGUUGCUCACUCAAGACAGAGGAAAAUUUGCAAGUAGUCAAGGAGAUUCCCGAAGAUAAAUUGGUUAUCGAGACGGACGCUCCUUGGUGUGACAUUCGUCCCACUCAUGCAUCUUUUAAACACUUACAGAAUGUUUCUAAAGAAGAAAUGGCCCUUUACUCUCCACCAAGCAAAAAGAAGGAAAGGUUUGAGAUGGGAUGCAUGGUAAAAAGCAGAAAUGAGCCUUGUACAGUAGGGCUUGUACUGCAUGUUGUUGCUGCCAUUAGAAAUGCAAAUCCAAAUGAACUUUCAGAAAAGAUUUGGGAGAAUACAUAUAAAGCAUUCAAUCUAAAAUAAAAAAAAGUCAUGUAUUCACAUUGAAUAACUGUUGCUUUUCUUUUAUUUCUUGUAUUUAUCCAAACCAAUAAAGAAUUAAAGGUAUAAGCCUUCAGGUGUUCCUUCACUCUUUCUAUAUAACACCUUCUCUCUUGCUUUACGGAAGUCUUCUGCUACUACUUUCAUACGACGCUCACGUAAAGCCAUCAGACCUGCUUCAGUACAAAUAGCCUUAAUAUCAGCACCAGAUAAAUCAUCUUUAGACAUGACAAAUUCUUCCAAGUCAACAUCUUCAGCCAAUGUCAUUCUUGAAGUGUGGAUAUUGAAAAUUCUACGCUUUGUCUUUACAUCAGGAAGUGGGAAUUCAAUCUUACGAUCAAUA